AUGCAUAAGAAGAAGGUGCUUCUAGUGCUGCUUUUAGUCGCUAUUGGUAGUAUUUUCUACUAUCUCUAUAUACUUAAACUAGAACGAGAACAAUUGGAAUCUGUGUCAUCUACAACAUCGCUUAUAAAAACUGUUUUCGAGGCAAAGGUUAUUCCCCAUCUCGGAGCUCUGGGUCGUCCGGCGAGGGGCAAUUGGACAGCUAAGCAGCUGGAGGCCAUGGCCCAAAGUAAGCGGGAAACGGGUUACAAUGCUUGGCUCUCGGAGCGAAUCUCACCUGAGCGAACGCUCUACGACAUGAGGCAUCGCAGCUGCAAAAAGCUCAAUUACCCGGCAAAAAAGCUGCCACCGGUGAGUGUGGUGAUAACAUAUCACAACGAGCAGACGAGCGUUUUGCUGCGGACGCUAAGCAGUCUGAAGAGUCGGACUCCAUUGCUGCUGCUCCGUGAGAUCAUACUGGUGGACGAUGGAAGCAGCUCGGUGGACCCAAAAUUCAACGACAUCCUGCAGAUCAAGUUCCAGGAUUUGGUGAAGCAUCAUCGACUGGAGAAGCAGGUGGGAUUGAUGCAGGCUCGAGUGACGGGAGCAGAGUUUGCCCAAUCCGAUGUCCUAGUCUUUUUAGACUCCCAUGUGGAGGUCACCCAGGGUUGGCUGGAACCGCUGCUUGCUCCCAUUCUGGAGAACAAUAAAACCUGCACUACACCCAUCAUUGAUACCAUUGACUAUGAGAAUCUGGCCUAUAGAAGAGGUAAGCCAUCGCGUGGCUUCUUCGACUGGGAGUUCAAUUACAUCCAGCUGCCGCUGCUUAAAGAGGAGAUGGUGGCCAUGCCGACUCCCCACCAGAAUCCCAUCAUGAACGGUGGUCUCUUUGCCAUUGGACGUCAAUGGUUCUUUGAGCUGGGAGGCUAUGACAAAGGUCUGAAAAUCUGGGGAGCGGAGCAAUUCGAACUCAGCCUUAAACUGUGGCUAUGUGGAGGUAGGAUCCUAGAGGUGCCUUGCUCCAGGAUUGGUCAUCUCUACAGGGAAGGAAGCUUCAAGGUGCACUACACCGACAAGGCCAAGAGCAGUGAGGAUAAGCUGAUAUCAAGGAACUAUCGUCGCGUGGCCGAGGUUUGGUUGGAAGAAUACAAGGAUAAACUAUUUGCCAAUAUGCCCCACUUGACUGUGAUUCAAGCGGGCAAUCUGGCCGAGCAGCGGGAGCUCAAGAAGCGUUUGCAAUGUAAACCCUUCAAGUGGUUUCUGGACAACUUGGCAAAGGACUUUCUACAAAUAUAUCCCCUUAAAGAUCCUGAUGACUAUGCCUUUGGCACUCUACAGAGUAUUUCCUCCCCAAACUUGUGCUUGGAUCGCACAGAGACUAAGCCUAGUAGGCCUCAACUUAGUACCUGCAGCUCAGAUCCCACAUUUCCCAGCAAACCAGAGCAACAAUGGGUGCUUUCCAAUCGUCGGGAACUGCGCUCUGGCUUUCGGUGUCUGGAGGUGCGAAACAAGUCCAUGGAUGUUCAUGUCUAUCAAUGCCAUCGGCAAAAGGGUAACCAGUUCUGGUCCUUGGAUACCAAGACCCAUCAGAUUGUCUUUGGUCAGAUGGCAAAUGCCAGAAGGUGUCUGGAAGCACUGACGGAGGAGAAUGGUUUAACCAUGAGGGAUUGUGAUCCAAAUCAACCCAAGCAACGCUGGAAAUUUGGUUAUGAGAACAAUGAGAGGAUGAAACACUUUUGGGAUAAUGUAAAUAUAGUUUAGCAUGAAGAAUCUCGUUUUCUUAAGAUGCUAUUUGCUAUUAAUUUGUUUUUUAUUUAU